CAUAUCAAUAUUUUAUAACACUUAGAUUUAUUAUAUCUGUACAUUAGAAUAUCAAAUAAUAAAUUAAAUAUAUAUUGAUAAAAUUAGGAAUUUUGAUAUUACUUGAUUAUAAUUAUUAUUUAAUAUAUUUAAACUAUAAUUCAUUUAUAAUAUUUCCUGAUAUACUGUAUAUACUGUAUAUCAGGAAUUCGUCAUAUCUUCAAAGAGAAUCUAAAAAGUCAAUUAUACAACACGGAAAAUUAACUAAGGUUUACAAACAUCAAUCUUAUGUGACACAUUCAUUCCAUGGUAUAAUUUUUGUGAGACUAAUUUUUGGUGAUAACUUGCGCUUUAGUUCGACCGGAACUAACACUUAGUUUAUAGUGUAUUUGACUGUUAAACAUGUUACAACCUACCUAGUUUAUAGUGUCUUCAAUUCAAAUUUUGAAGUGUGCGUGUAUGAACUAACAGAAAACAAAAUAUCAGUUUGGUUGUAUAAAGAAAUCGUUUGCCAUUAAUAAAUGUAAAUUUGAGUUCGUUUAAGUGGAUUAGUCAUAUACCUACAUGCAAGUAAAACUACAGGAUUAAGUAAAAAGGUUUCGAUCAGUUUAUGAUUUUUUUUUCAAAAUGUGAAAUCCCUCGUUAAUAAACUAUUUCACAAUAUUGAUUUAAUGGUUGAAAAUUCGUAGGAUCAAACUUGUAACCUCACCUUUCGUAAGAGAAUAUUUGUAAAGCCGAAUGGACUAAUAUUUCAUAUUCGAUAGUUUCCCUUUUCAUACAUCAUGAAUAUUUAAACUUCAAAAUAAUAAUAAGCUAAGAAAAAAAAGGUUUACAAACAAAAUAGAGGAGUACUUAAGAUAAUAAUUUAUUAAAUCAAUAAACACAGUUCCUACAUUACGGCUGUGUAUUCUCUUCUUUGCACAUGUUCAAAGUAAUUUAAAAAUUUAAAAGAAAAAUUGAAAACUAUCAUCUUUCCUCUUCUAUAAAACCCACAAGUUCUCUCUUUUUCUUGUCAUUCGAAACUCAUCAUUUCUCUAUCUACACAUAACUCCAAAAAAUAUCAAACUCUCUCUUUCUCUCUCUCCCUCUCCCUAAAACCACAAAGAAAAAAAGUAGUAAGUCUCAAAAUUUUUUUUGCUGAGGUUUCUCUUUUCUUUGGGUAUUUUCUGUGUGCAUCAAUGGAUGAGAAAGGAAGAAACUUGAAGAACAACAACAUGGAAGACGAAAUGGACCUGAAGAGAGGUCCGUGGACCGCUGAAGAAGAUUUUAAGCUCAUGAAUUACAUUGCUACUCAUGGAGAAGGUCGAUGGAACUCUCUUUCUCGUUGUGCAGGACUCCAACGCACCGGUAAAAGCUGUAGGUUACGGUGGUUAAACUAUCUCCGCCCUGAUGUCCGCCGUGGAAACAUUACCCUCGAAGAACAACUCUUGAUCCUCGAACUUCAUUCCCGUUGGGGCAAUCGAUGGUCAAAAAUCGCACAAUACCUACCGGGAAGAACAGACAAUGAGAUAAAAAACUACUGGAGAACCCGAGUUCAAAAACAUGCAAAGCAGCUUAAAUGCGACGUGAACAGUCAGCAAUUCAAAGACACAAUGAAGUAUUUGUGGAUGCCUAGGCUGGUCGAGAGGAUCCAAUCUGCCUCGGCCGCAGCCACAACCACCAACACCACUACCACGACAGGAUCAGCCGCUACGUCAUCUAGCAACACAACCUCUAACAAUCAAUUCAUGACGUAUGAUUACAACAACAACAGCAUGGGACAACAAUUUGGUGUAGUGAACAACGAUUAUAUCACGCCAGAAAACUCUAACGUGGCAGUGUCUCCGAUGUCAGAUUUGACGGAGUACUACAGCGCUCAAAACACGUACCCGGAAUACUAUUCGGGUCAAGUGGGGAAUAACUAUUAUCCGGAUCAGGACUUGGUGGUUCCGCAAAUAUUACCGGAUAAUUAUUUGGAUUAUUCUGGAUUAUUAGACGAAGAUUUGGCGGUUAUGCAGGAGCAGAGUAACCUUAACUGGUUUGAAGAAAUUAAUGGAGCUACUUCUUCUUCAGACAGUUUAUGGAACAUUGGAGAAAGUGAUGAAGACUUAUGGUUUUUACAGGAUCAACAACAGUUCAACAAUAAUGGCAACUUCUGAAUACAAUUAAAAAAUUAGAAUCGUUAAGUACUUAAUUAAACAGGAAGUAUACGUGUGAAAGACAUUUGUUCAAGGGGAAUAAUUAAAGAUAAGGAGUGUUUACGAUAUUAUAUUAGGAUAUAUGAUCAGCUUUUUUGUUCCAAGCCUGAUCAAUAUGAUUGGUUUUGCCUUUUUUUUGGUGUGUGUGUGUG